AGAAAAAGAAUUAAUUUCUCAGAUCAAUUUUAUCGAUUUAGCUGGAUCUGAAAAAUUUAACGAUAUUGAAAUGAUAAAUAAAAAAGAGUUGAUUAACAUAAAUAAUACAUUAUCAAUUCUUAAUAGGGUCAUUAUGGCAUUAAGUACUAAAAAUAAAAUUACGAAAAAUAUGGAAAAUAAAAUAUCUGCAAAUGAAAAAGUAAAAAUGAAUAUGAGUAAUAUUCCAAAUAUACAUAUACCUUACAGGGACUCUAAAUUGACAAGGUUACUCAAGAAUAGUUUAAAUGGAAACUCGUUCAACUACAUUUUGAUAUGCCUUAAUUUGAAUACAUACAAAAUAGAUGACUUUAUUAAUAGUCUAAUAUUUGCAAAAAGAUGUAAAAUGAUAAAACAGAAAAUAAAAAAAAAUAAAACUAAGAAAUAUUCUUCUAAUUCAGAAAACGAAAUGAGUAAUAACACAUCUGAACAAAGUUCUUACGAAAGUUAUGAUUCUACUUGUGAUUUAUAUCAUUCUAUUAAUAACAAAAAUAAAAAUCAUCAUGAUAAAAAUCCUUUUCAUAAUAAUUUAUAUUAUUAUAAAGGGAAAAAAAUAAAAAUGAAAAAUAUCAAUAAUCAUACAGAUAUUAUGAUUAAUAAACUGUUCAGUUGUUUUACAUUUCUUAUCAGAAAAAAAUAUAAUGAUUUGAUAAAACAAAAAAAUUCUAUUUUUAACAAUUUAAUUAAACUUAUAAAAACUGAAGAACAAAAUAAAGAUCAGUUAAAAAAUCAUAAAAAUUAUCUUUUGAAUAUAUUAAAAAGAAAAAAAAAACAACUAAAAUAUAAUAAGGAAUACUUAAAUAAUAUAAUACAUUCUAAAAAAAAAACAACCUUAAAGUAUGAAGAAAAUAAAGAUACAAACAAAAUUGUAAGUGAUCUAUCAAAUUCAUCUAUUGAACAAAAUAAAAAUUUAAAGGAAAAGAAUCAUUCCAAUUUUUUUACAUUUUCAUAUGAUAAUACCAAACAACCACAUAACAAAAUGAAUACACAAAUGAAUAAUCUAACUAGUGAUAUACAUGAAAAAAAAUCUAAUGAUAAUAUUUAUAAUGAUAAUAUUUAUAAUGAUAAUAAUUAUAAUGAUAAUAUUUAUAAUGAUAAUAAUUAUAAUGAUAAUAAUUAUAAUGAUAAUAUUUAUAAUGAUAACAUUUAUAAUGAUAAUAUUUAUAAUGAUAACAUUUAUAAUGAUAAUAAUAAAGAAAAUCAUCAUCACAAUAUAAACAAUGAUGAUGAUUAUAAUUAUUAUUAUAAUAAUGGUAAAAAGAACGAGUCGCAAAAUAUACAUCCUACAUUUAAUAGUAAUAUAACAUCCUUUGAUAAGAAACAUAUAAAAAAUAAAAACCAUAAUCAAAAGGAUAUUUUAUAUGAACAAGAAAAUAUUUCUAAUUCUUCUAUAUAUAUGAAUUCAUCAAAAAAAGAAGAUCAUAUAAAUAGAAUUUAUUCAGAUAUUCAUAUAUUAUAUCAAUUAGAAUUAAAAGAAUUAAAUAAAAAAAAAAUAUAUAUUCAAGAAAUAAAUUCUAUUAAUAGUAACUUAUAUAAUUUAAUGAACAAAUUUGCAAAUAUGCUCAGAAAUAUUUAUCUUAAUAAAUAUAGUGUGGUAAUAAAAAAUGGAAACAAGAAAUUAAAUCUAUGCAAUUAUUAUUAUACAAAUAUAAAUGAAACAUAUAACAUAAAUCAUUUUAAUAAAAACGCUGAAAAUUUAUUAAACUCUAAUCAUAAUUUCAAAAAUAUAAAUGAAGAUAUAUUCUCUAUAUAUCAAAAAAUAAAUCAGUAA